GGGAGGACCCUGGGCAGCCGCCAGCCGGCAGCCGCCGGGCAAAGCCGCGGGCAGAGCGGAGAGCUGGCUAAGGGGACGGCCUUGCCGCUCGUCGCCUGCCAGGGGCCCUCCUGCCUCGCCAUGCCGCCGUGGGGCGCAGUCCUUGCGCUGCUCCUGGUCGUGUUCGCCAUGCUCAGCCUGCUGGGCCCGUGGCUCUGGCGUCCCUGGAAGCGCGCCGUCGGAGAGAGGACCCGGCUGGGGGCGUCCGACCAGGACAAUGACGAAGAGUUGGAUGCCGGAGGCCCAGCAGAUCAGUUUAGCGACGGGCGAGAGCCGCUGCCCGGCGGAUGCAGCCUCAUCUGCAAGCCGUCGGCGCUGGCCCAGUGCCUACUGCGCGCCCUGCGACGCUCCACAGCGCUGGAGCCCGGCCAGCGCUCCUGGCUGUCCGGGCCCCACCUGCAGACCCUCUGCCACUUCGUCCUGCCCGUGGGGUCCGGUCCUGAGCUGGCCCGGGAGUACCUGCAGUUGACGGACGAUGGGUUAGUGGCCCUGGACUGGGUUGUGGGGCCUUGUGCCCGGAGCCGCCGGGUCACCAACGCUGGGGGCCUUCCAGCGGUGCUACUGGUGAUCCCCAAUGCAUGGGGGCGCCUCACCCGCAACGUGCUGGGCCUCUGCUUGCUCGCCCUGGAGCGCGGCUACUACCCGGUCAUCUUCCACCGCCGCGGCCACCACGGCUGCCCUCUGGUCAGCCCCCGACUGCAGCCAUUUGGUGACCCGUCGGACCUCAAGGAAGCGGUCACUUACAUCCGCUUCCGACACCCGGCGGCUCCGCUGUUCGCGGUGAGCGAGGGCUCGGGCUCAGCGCUGCUGCUGUCCUACCUGGGCGAGUGCGGCUCCUCCAGCUACAUGACAGGGGCAGCCUGCAUCUCGCCGGUGCUACGCUGCCGGGAGUGGUUCGAGGCCGGCCUCCCCUGGCCCUACGAGCGAGGCUUUCUGCUCCACCAGAAAAUCUCCCUCAGCAGGUAUGCCACAGCCCUGGAGGACACGGUAGAUACCAGCAAGCUGUUCAAGAGCCGCUCCCUUCGAGAAUUUGAGGAGACCCUCUUCUGCCAUACCAAAAGUUUCCCUAUCAGCUGGGAUACCUACUGGGACCACAAUGACCCUCUUCGGGAUGUGGAUGAGGCAGCUGUGCCUGUGCUGUGUAUCUGCAGCGCUGAUGACCCUGUGUGCGGGCCCCCAGAACACACUCUGCCCACUGAACUCUUUCGGAGCAACCCUUAUUUCUUUCUCUUGCUCAGUAGCCACGGGGGCCACUGUGGCUUCCUGCGCCAGGAGCCCUUGACAGCCUGGAGCCAUGAGGUCAUCCUGGAGUCCUUCCGGGCCUUGACUGAGUUCUUCCGGAUGGAAGAGAGGCUGAAAGGGCUGAGUAGGCGCAGAGCUUCAUUCCUAGGGGGCCGGCGUCGCUGGGCAACCCUGCAGAAGCGGGAGGUCUCUCCCUCUUCCAAUUUGGGGGAGACUUUUAGCUGGAAGCGAUCAUAUACAAGGUGAGACCUGGCCUGAGAACCCCCCAGUCCUGUAAGAGAGCAUGUAGGAGUCCCGGAAAGAUGGUGAGGACUAGACAGGGGCAGCUGCAGCUCUUUGCUCCCGAUUCAGCCCCUUCUCUCAAAGUGAUCCGUGAAAAGAAGUUCCAGCAAGUCGGCGCUCGCCUCACCCGGAGCAGAACUCCUGUCCUGACACCGCUUGACAUAUCCCUGCUCCUCUUGGUCAGCAGCAGGGCAUUCCUGGUCACUGUCACCUGUCACCAACUCAGCCAAAGAAUAGCACCUUUAAAAUCCAUGGAGAAAAUGCUCUCUUACUAGUAAUGGCUACAAGGAUGAUUAAUUUGUGUGUGUCAUUGGGCAGCUUUGUCCCACAUAAAUAAUUAGCUCAGUGACCCUGAUUCUGGAGGUGGAGCCACUUGAUGUAGUAAGGACAGGACAGGAUGUUUGUGUCUUGGUCCCACUUCCCUCAUUUGCUUUGUGGGACAGUGCUGUGCUCUGACUUACUGUGGUAGCAGGCUCUCUGGGUUGCUCGGCUAUUUCGGGCUUGUGUGAGUGAGGAAGGAAGCAGGGGCAGCAAGUGCUGUGCUGGGACUGCCUUGGUGAGGGCUGCCAAGAUAGAGCAUGUGAACCUAUCUCUGGAAUACCUUAGUCCAGUCCCGGAGGAGCUCUGCAAGUCUCCCCUGGGAAUGGGGCUGACCUAGGGUUUCAGCAUUGGAUCCUAAGCCUCCCUGGCGAGAUCCCAAGAGUAUUUUAGGAUUAGGAAAUGCUCUCACACAGGGUCUGAGGGUUCUGCUAGCCCAUGGCUCAUAGUCAGACUUUUGGGCACCCUAGAUGCUGUCUGCAUAGUAUUUCAGAGAAUUACUCCUAAGAGCUCCAGCCAAAGCUGUUUUUCCUUCUGAGAUGUGGGCCUUCUCUACGUCAGUGAAAAGUACAAACCCAUCACUUACACUUUUCUGGUUAGUUGCUGCCUUUUCUGACACUACUACCAGCCUUUCUCUUUGCAGAGCCAGGAGAGACAUCAGGGACCAGAGGACAAAAGCACAAAGAGGUUGACUAGGGCUGCC